UUCCCAGCACCUCGCACCCCGCAGCCAUGGCGUUCAUGGUGAAGAGCAUGGUUGGGGGGCAGCUGAAGAACCUGACGGGUGGCUUGGGAGGCGAGGAGAAGAGCGAGGGUGAGAAGUCCCCAGCAGAGGCUCAAGGCAUGACCCGGGAGGAGUAUGAGGAGUAUCAGCGGCAGCUGGUGGAGGAGAAGAUGGAGCGAGACGCCCAGUUUGCCCAGCGCAAGGCAGAGAGGGCCACGGUCAGAUCCCACUUCAGAGACAAGUAUCGGCUCCCCAAGAACGAAACGGACGACAACCAGAUCCAGCUGGUGGGAGGCGACGUGGAGCUGCCCAAGGAGCUGGCCAAGAUGAUCGAGCAGGACAACGAGGAGGAGGAAGAGAAGAACUCCGUCAUCGGUCAGCUCAGCAACAUCCAGAACCUGGACCUUGACUCCUUGAAGGACAAAGCCUCGGCCACGCUAGAGGACCUGAAGCAAUCAGCCGAGAAAUGCGCCGUGAUGUGA